ACCAGGUGCUCAUGGAUCUUGCAGACAUGAAUCUCUCUGUUUUGAAUGGCAAAGAUCCUUCUCGUUUUGAUCAAUCCAUCAGAACUAUUCUGAAAGACCUCAGUGGAGGCAAGCAUCAGCUGAUUUUUCCUACAGAAAAACUGAACCUCGCUGAUAAACCAGCUGCAAAACUGUAUAUGAAGCGGUACACUGAAGAUGUGUGUAAUAAUUUGAGACUUUGGUUCAGUUUCUGGCCUUUUGAUUGUUGGAUGAGCAUUUGUAAAUGCAUGGUUCAGUGGCUCUGGGGAAGGAAUUAUAACUUUCUCUACAACGUGCAAAAUGAAGUGGUGUCAGAUGCUCUUCGGGAAAGUAAGAUGAGAGACUAUGAAGAUGCAGGACUGUUGCUGAACUCACCCUACUUCUCAGUGCUGAGAAAAGAACGAAACAGUAACCUCAUCAUUUCCCUGGAUUUCAGUGAUGGCGAUCCUUUCAUGACGGUGAGAGAAACUGCUAAGAUGUGCAAGAAACUAAACAUCUCUUUCCCUGAAGUCAACAUUCCCCGUGAAGAUGUGGAGAAACCAAAGGACUUCUAUGUGUUCAAAGGCAAAAACGCUCCAACCGUAAUUCACAUUCCUCUGUUUAAUGUGGUCAACUGUGGAGAUAAACUUGAGACCUGGAGGAAGAAUUAUCGCACCUUUCAAGGUGCUUACAGCGCUGAGAUGAUCACUGAUCUUAUGGAGGUUGCUGGGAAAAACAUCUCAAACAACACAGAGAAACUGAAGAAACAGAUUCAGGCAGUUGUUGGGUAAAAAUGGCACAACUGAUGACAGUCUGAAUGCAAAGGUACAAAACUUGGUGACUUUUGCAGCAAAUGUGAAAACACACUUACACACAAAAAAAUUGAAAAAGCUAUAUGGUUAUUUAAAAAAAUAUGUUGCACUUGUUUUGUUCGCAUUUAAAAAUGACCCCCAUAGGAAUUGAAAUGGAAAUAUGAAAAUGCAGAGCAAUUUUCGGUGUGUUCGAUCUAUACCGAUCAGCCAUGAUGCUCAAUUAAUAAAUAAAUACAUUUAUAAACAGGAAACACUAAAACAUCAAGAGUGUGAAACAGACACACAAUAGUGAGUUUGAGACUGUUUAAAAAUAAGUUGAGCCAAAAGAUUAAACUAUAAGAGGUUAAAACAGACAACCAGAUGAAUUGAGUUCUAAAUCUGAUCAAGUAUUUCUGUUGAUUUUUGUUCAAUUUUGAUGUUCAAAUUAGAUUAUGUGCAUUAUUAAUCCAUUAAUUGUAUACAUUAUUAUGUAGAUAAUGUACAAUAAUAGUACAUUAAUUUCAAAAUGUUAUUAUUAUACAGUUAUGGUCUCUCGUCUGUUUUGAUCUCGAACAACACAAGUGUGACUCUUAAAUGUACAAUACCAGAGAGUUAAUGAUGACACUUUUCAGGUUAAAUAAAUGAACGUUGCUUGCACUAUCAAGGAAGCAACAGUGACAACAACUAUGUAACUAAUGUUCUGUUGAUUAAAAUAAAGUAUCUCUCAUCAAGUGUUUCUUAUCAAUGUUUAUACCAAAAUAAUUUCAAGAUUUAAUUACUAACAAAAAUGUUAUAUUCCAUGCAUGUUGUAUUUACCAAGCCGAUUUCAAGUCUGAUUGUGAUGCGACAUAAGGCAGCGGGUCUAUUUAACUUUUAACGCAUUGCAGGAACAGCGUAAUUGGCCAGUUAUAGCACAAUGGAGGCACUGCCUCCUCUCAUGUGACUUCAUGUUUAACAUGUUAAAUGUGUUUCUGAAGGUUCCAGUCUGCUCCUUUAUGCUUGAUUAUGAAUAAAUAAUCAUUGAGAAUCAAAUCGACCAUAACUCAGAUGCGAUUAUAGCUACUGAUUAAAAUAUUUUAUCACUCUGCUUCUG